GAUCUCCACACGCAGUGGCACCAGCCGGAUGAGUUGCGCGCGCUCGACGCGGCCGUGUUGUCCAGGGCCGCAGCAGUGAGCGAUUUCUUCAAUGGCAGUUGGGAGGAGGCCGAGCUGCAGCAUUAUUGCAGGGGGGUCGACUGUUGCAGUUCACGGGAGGUCAGCGUUCAGAAGGCGAAGUCUAUCGUGUCUGCCUUGUUCGACGAAUUCCUCGUCUCGUCGGGCAUCGCUGCCAACCGGUGGAAAUCGUUGUCGACGGCCACCACCAACUUCAGCAUCUUGAUGGGGCUUCACCGGAUUCUCCCGCAGGCCUUCGCGGCGAGCCUGGGCACGCCGCUCAACCUGGUGGAGGUCCGUCGCCAGCUGGUCGAGCAAGGAGUUGGAGACGAUGACGCAGUGACCAGAGCAGACUCUUGGAUUAUUCGGAUGGGGAAGCGGACGCUGAAGGCUAACGCAUUCUUCCAGGAGGGCCUCUCGUCCGCGAAGACCCUCAUCGCCAACUGCAUGACGUUGCCCGCCGACCGCCUGUUUCACAGCAUAUUCGAGGCCGAAUCCUUGGAGAACCCCUCCGAGGAUAAGCGCAUGUUCCUCGCGCAUGGCAUGGUUCGGCCCGGCGAUGACGGCAUCUGCACCGCGCUGCACGCGUCCCUCGGCAAGUCUCUGGCCAUCGGCUCGGAUGCCCGGGUGAUCUGCUCGAGCAUGCGGUGCGGCUGGUCCCAC